ACGCGGCGGCGAGAGCGGCGGGGGCGGCCGGGCUGCGGGACCGGGCGGCGACCGGGCGCACCGAGCCAGGGCCCGGAGCGGGCGCAGCGCCAGCGCGGCCACGUGGAGGCCCCUCCUCUGCCGCACGCCGCCUCCGCGCGCCGCGCUCCAUCCAUUCAUAAGUUCUCCGCCGGCUCCGCGGCCACCGAGCUCCAGAGCCGACCGGGAGCGCCGCGCGCCCGUCCGCCCGCCGCCCGCCUGCCUCCUGCCGCCCAUGGGCCGCACGCCCCGGCGCUGAGCCUCAGGAUGCAGCCCACGGCCACCAUGGCCACCGAGGCCACCGCCGCCGCCACCACCACCGCGGCCGCCCUGAUGACCUCGUGGGACAACACCACCAGCCGCCCCACGGCGGAGCCCGACCCCAUCUUGGACAACUAUGUGCUGCUGGUGGUGGUGAUGUCGCUGUUCAUCGGGGGCACGCUGGUGGUGCUGUCCGGCGUCCUUCUGCUCUGCAAACGCUGCUGGGAGGUGCACCAGCGCUUCAACAGGGCCAUGGAGGAGGCAGAGAAGACCACCACUACCUACCUGGACAACGGCACCCACCCUAUACAAGACCCCGACUGCAGGGGGGAAGACCCCGAGAGCCAGGACACGGAGACAGAGCGCUUCCUAGCCACCAGCUCCACCGGCCGCCGCGUGUCCUUCAAUGAGGCUGCCCUGUUUGAACAGAGCCGAAAGGCUCAGGACAAGGGCCGCCGGUACACCCUGACAGAGGGGGACUUCCAUCACCUCAAGAAUGCUCGUCUUACCCACCUCCACCUGCCGCCGCUCAAGAUCGCUACUAUCCAUGAGUGUGAUCCGGGUGAGGCCAGCUCAGUGGCCACACCCCACCCAGCUACCACCCCCAAAGACAGCUUGGCUAUUUUCCAGCCCCCUGGGAAGGCCCUCACUGGCCGCUCAGUGGGUCCCAGCUCCGCCCUGCCAGGUGAUCCCUACAACUCUGUGGACUUCUCGGAGAUCAGCCCCUCCGCCUCCAGUGACUCUGGGGAGGGCACCUCGUUAGAUGCAGGGGCCCGGGGUGCCAAGGCUGCCGGGCCUGGGCCUGAGGCAGCACCUGGGGAGAUGGGCACAGGCUCCUCGGGACCGGGCACUGUACUGCAAUUCUUCACACGGCUACGCCGCCAUGCCAGCCUGGAUGGGGCCAGCCCCUACUUCAAGGUCAAGAAAUGGAAGCUGGAGCCGAGCCAGAGAGCGUCCAGUCUGGACACGAGAGGUUCUCCUAAGCGGCACCACUUUCAGCGACAGCGGGCAGCCAGUGAGAGCAUGGAGCAAGAGGGGGACGCCCCUCAUGCCGACUUCAUUCAGUACAUUGCCAGCGCAGGCGACUCGGUGGCCUUCCCCCCCCCCCGCCCCUUUCUGGCCAGCCCCACCAGCCCGCCCCCCACUCUCGGCAGGGCAGGGCAAGGCCUGCAGGCUCUGACCACGUGGGCCUGGCCUUGCAGGCUAGAGGCGGCCGAGGCGGCGGGCGGAGGAGCAAGCCCCGAGACUCCUCCGGAGCACAGCAUCAGUUUGGGGCCCGAGCAUGCGCAGCAGCAGGACCCGCAGCAAGAGCAGGACGCCGAGCAUGCCCAGUGCAGCUACCGUGACCUGUGGAGCCUCCGCGCGUCCCUCGAGCUCCAUGCGGCCACUGCGUCGGACCACAGCAGCAGCGGCAAUGACCGCGACUCGGUGCGCAGCGGCGACAGCUCGGGCUCGGGCUCCGGGGGCGGCGGCGCGGCUCCCGCCUUCCCACCGCCCGCCGAGUCCCCGCCCGCGCUGAGGCCCAAGGACGGCGAAGCCCGCCGCCUGCUGCAGAUGGACAGCGGCUACGCGAGCAUCGAGGGGCGCGGCGCGGGCGACGACGCCUCCGAACUCCCCGCGCAAGCCCGCAGCCCUCCGCGCAGCCCGCGGGCCUGGCCACGCAGGCCGCGCCGCGACUACAGCAUCGACGAGAAGACGGACGCGCUUUUCCACGAGUUCCUGCGCCACGACCCGCACUUCGACGACGCGCCGCGCCACCGCGCACGUGCGCACCCUCACGCCCAUGCGCGCAAACAGUGGCAACAGCGAGGCCGCCAGCACAGCGACCCCGGCGGCGCACGCGCGGCCACGCCCCCCGGGGCGGCCCGGCCCGCGCGUGCGCCCUUGCGCCGCGGCGACAGCGUCGACUGCCCUCCCGAAGGCCGCGCGCUGCCGAGCGCGGGCGACGACCCGUGCAUCCCCGUCAUCGAGGAGGAGCCUGGCGGCGGGAGCGGCGGGUGCCUGGGCCCCGGGCUGUGCGCCGAGCCCGCCGGGGCGCUGCUGGACAAGCUGGCAGCCAGCCUCGACGAGAGACUCUUCUGCCCGCACCUGGCCGAGCCCGCCGCGCCUCCCCCGGUGCUGAUCGCCGCCGCCGCCCCCACGUCCCCUGACCACAGCCCGGCCUAAGCUCCGCGGACUCGACCCGCCUCGGCCGCUUCUCCGGCGGCCCGUGGGGCCGCUGCGGGACGGCCGGAUAGCGGGGAGCCCCGGGGCUGCCGUGCGCGUGCAGCGUCCGUCCCGCCGGGCACUCAGCGGUCGCAGCGGCCUCCACGGGAGCGAGGCCCCAGGACCCUGGCUCAGCCGCAAGGAGGACCAGAGCCCGGACCCUUGGUCCCCGCCGGCCGACCGGAGCACCCCGAGGCCGGUGGGGCGGGUUGCUCUGAAGCGCAUGCGCAGCCUCCCUCCAGGACCGGCCACAUCUGCACUGGUUAGCACGUGCUGGCGGUGCCAUUGCCUGCCAUACGCAUGCGUGAACCUACCGGAGGGGAAGGGCGCGGGGCACCAAGGGCAGAGGAGCUGGCCGCCCCAACCCCACCCGUUUACCUCACUGCGGUGUGUGCUGUCGCAGCACCCAUCCCCUCCGAGCAAUAACCGCUCUCCCGCUCAGCAUGCGCACAGGCCCCGCUCCUCCCCGAGAGCCUUGGGCUUUGGACACACGGACAGAACAGCCCAGGCGACAGCUUCAAGUCUCCCAAGCUUUAUUUAUUGCCAAAAUAUAGGGCGGCCUCGCCGUGAGUGCCCGCCCGCCCGCUCCCUGCCCUGCGCCCUCCACGGGCACUUGUGUUGUCUGGUUGACCAUAAAUGUCUCUGCAUAUUC